CUCCGCCACCGGGUGUGGUCAAACCUCCUCCAGUAUGCUCUCCCCGACUCGCGCUGGAACUAUGACAUUGCAUCCUUCAUUCCCGAUUUUCGCGGCUCGUCAUCUGCCAUUGAUCGUCUUGUCGAACUCCCCUGUUAUCAAUAUGCGUCGACGCUCUUCGUUGAGCCCGACAAUUGUCUCGAAGAGCUCCGGUUCCGCGCCCUUCGCGAUGGAAAGAUGGUUCUAGUAUCAACGUACGGGCUCCGCAGAGGCUUUGUGCUCCUAGACCCGCGAAGAAUCGGCGAAGCUCAGCUCGAGAUAGCAAGCCUACUCGACGGUAUGGAGAGGCCAGGCAUUGGCCAGCAUGUUACGUGGUCGCAAAUCCAGGAAGCGGACAUUCACCUUGAUCUCUGCGUCACGGGUGCAGCAGCAGUAACCCUAGAUGGCAUGAGGUUUGGCAAAGGUCAUGGCUGGUUUGACCUCCAGUGGGGCAUGUUUGUAGACAGAAAGAUGGUGGAACCGAGCACACCAGUAGCAGUUGUAGUGCAUGGAUGCCAAAUCGUCGAAACGGGUCCGACGACAGCCAAGUUCCAGCUCAAGGAAUGGGAUACUCCAUGCGACCUCAUCAUUACACCAGACGAAGUUAUCGAAAGCAAAUGCCGCGCGAAGCCAGAUUGCGGGAUUCUGUGGGAGAAGCUGAAGCGGGACAUGCUGGAGACGCUGCCACCAUUGCAAGAGCUCAAAGGCAUACAAUUG